AUGCCGAUGGACCAAGUGCCGGUUACAGCGCGCUGUCCAUCACCGUCCAUCCCCUCGCGCCGGAGGAUGACCCCUCCGAAGCCCACUGUAAUGCUGACCUUCUGGAUGGACUCGAGUGCCAUGGGCCAAGAUCUGAAGCGGGUGCUGUCCUUCCCGCCGUACCCGGGGGACUACCUGCACCCGGUGGUGUACGCCUGCACCGCCGUCAUGCUGCUGUGCAUGCUGGUGUCCAUCUUCACCUACAUCGUCCACUACAGGGUGAUACGCAUCAGCGGGAACGGGUGGCACGUCCUCCUCAACUUCCUGUUCCACACGGCGGUGACGUUCGGCGUGUUUGCGGGCGGCAUCAACCAGAUCAAAUAUCCUGUCGUCUGUCAAGUGGUGGGUGUAAUUCUGCACUACUCCUCGCUCUCCACGAUGAUGUGGCUAACGUUUACCGCCCGCAAUCUGUGUAGAGAGGUGUCAAAAGCCCCCCCUCCUCCGCAGGAGAGAGACCCACCCCGCAACGAUCAGCCUCUUUGUAGAUUUUAUUUGGUGAGUGUCGGGGUCCCUUCGAUUAUCGUCGGGGUCACCGCUGCAGUUAGCCUUGACAACUAUGGGAGCAGAGACGACGCACCCUAUUGCUGGAUGGCCUGGGAGCCCAGCGUGGGCGGCUUCUACGGCCCCACGGCCUUCAUGGUGCUGGUCAUCUGCCUCUACUUCUUGGUCACCUACGUGCAGCUCAAGCGCCACCCGGAGCGCAAGUACGAGCUGAAGGCCAUGACCGAGGAGCAGCAGCGGCUGGCCACCGCCGAGAUGGGGCACCACCACUGCCACGACCCCUCGGCCGGCGAGCCGGGCAUGGAGGGCGUCCCGCACCACCACCACCACCUCCACCACCACCACCAUCACCACCACCACCCGGGCUGCUCGGCCAUCACCGCCUCCAUGCUGGCCAACGAGCACUCGUUCAAGGCCCAGCUGCGCGCCACCGCCUUCACCCUCUUCCUGUUCCUGGCCACGUGGGCGUUCGGCGCGCUGGCCGUCUCGCAGGGCCACUUCCUGGACAUGAUCUUCAGCUGCCUGUACGGCGCCUUCUCCGUCACCCUGGGCCUCUUCCUGCUCAUCCAGCACUGCGCCAAGCGCGACGACGUCUGGCACCGCUGGUGGGCGUGCUGCCCGUCCUCCAAGCCCAAGAUGGACGUCAACGGCGAGGCGGCGACCCAGAUCCACUGCCACCUGGACUCGCCGUGCCCGGGCAAGCCCCUGCUCUCGCCGCACCUCCACCCGUCGUCCAGCCACUGCAAGCUGAGCCCGCUGCCCGUGGGCCCGCCGACGCAGAACCACGCCGGGCCCUGCUGCGCGGCGGCGGCGGCCCUGCACGGCUCCUCGGCGGCCGUCUCGCCGCUGAUCGAGCGCUCGCCGCGGCCGCAGUCGCUGCCGGACGAGCUGCCGCGCCCGGCGCUGCCGCUGCAGAGCUGCCUGAAGGACAGGACUAAGUCGCGCUCGUUCAACCGGCCCCGGCCGUCGCUCCGCGACUACGCCUACCACAUGGCCUCCACCAGCCUGGACGGCAGCGUCCACAGCGCGUCCGGCUGCAUCGGCGGCGGCGGCGGCUCGCACCUGCUGGACAGUCCGCACAGCGCCGCGCACCUGGAGCUCCACGCCGGGCCGCACCGCGACAGCCAGCUGAGCUGCCACAGCCCGCACCCGGACAGCCAGAUGCGCUGCCGCAGCCCCAGCCCCAGCCCGCUGCUGGACCCGCACCUGGGCGCGUGCCACCACCACCACCACCACGGCAGCCUGCACGAGGGCCUGGGCUCGUCCUGCCACUCGUCCUGCCUGGACAGCCAGCUGGCGUGCCUGGACAGCGUCAGCCAGCAGGCCACGCACGUCUGCCACCGCCACGCCUGCUGCGCCAAGGCCGACCUGUUCGGCGGCGUCUGCUGCGCCGGCGCCGGAGACCCGUUCGGGCCCUCGGGCGGCUGCCAGCCGGAGGAGCUGGAGGAGCUGGGGCCCCCGGGGUCCUCGGGCAUGUACGGGGGCCCCAAAAUGGGCGACAAGGACGAGGAGGAGGAGGCGGGCGUGGCCACGCUGGGACGCAAGGGGACGCUCAGCCGGCGGGGGACGCUGAGCCGCAACGGCAGCCUCCACGAGGACUACAUGUUCAGCUCGGACGCCACAGGAAACAUAAGGACUGGGCCCUGGAAGAAUGAAACCACUGUGUAG